AUUCUUUCGACUUUGUUCGCCAUACCAGCACCUACGACCGCCCCUUCCACCCCUCCUUGAAUCAGCUCACAGCCUCACCUUGCAACAUGAGUGACUGGGACGCAUCUUCUGGGGACGAAGCCCCUCCCAAAGCCGCCCCUGCUGCUCCCAUUGGCGCCGGAGCAGUCCCUCGACGCAGGUUCGACGACGAAGAUGCCGAAGAAGAGAUCAAGGACGACUGGGAGUCCUCCGACGACGAGGCCAAGAACAAAGCUGCCUCUUCCUCUUCUGCUGUUGUACCACCUCCUCGGAAGAAGAAGAGCGUGAAGCAGAAGAUUGCAGAGAAGGAGGAGGAGGAGAGGAGGAGAGCGCAGCAGGCUCUCACCAUGGGACAGGAGCCAGAAGAUGGAGUGGAUCCGAUGGAGUACGACCCCAUUGCUCGCAAGAGGGCGCUGCAACAGGCUGAGAUUGACGCAGAUGUAGAGUCGGCAGCGAGCCUAUUGGGCUUUGCCAGUGUCAGCAAGGACUCGACCGCAACCUCGCUGAGCGCCGCCAAGCCCUCUUCAAAGGAAGAAUGGGAGCAGCUCGCAGCAGAAAUCUUCGUUUCCAUUCUCAAAACCCAAUCCUCUCGUGAUCCAACCGGCUACGCAAAACACUUUGUCCCUGCCCUCACUCGACAAUUGGUAGCUCCCACGCGCGAUGUGGAUAUUCGCAAGUUGUCUACUUCGGUCAAGACGUGGGCCGAGGAGAAGACAAAGGCGGAUAAAGAGGCAAAAAAGAGUGGUGGAAGGGCGAAUUUGGCCGUUGCUGCUGCCACGGGCGGAGCGGCUGGAGCUGCCAAGCCAAAGACGGUGGGCACUGCCAGUGCAAAGAACACGUAUGACUUGGGAGCUUAUGGAGAUGA